AUGUCACCCAAUAUCCCCAAAACAGCGCGGGCCGUUGUCAUCAAAGAAGCAGGCGCUCCAUGGGCCAUCCAGGAAGUUACUGUACCCACGCCCGAACAAGGCGAAGUUCUGAUCAAGGUUGAGGCUUGCGGCGUUUGUCAUUCUGACAACUUGCUGAAAGAUGGAAUCAUGGGUACCUAUCCACGCAUACCUGGGCACGAAACGAUUGGUAAGGUGGUAAAGGUUGGACCAGGAGAGAAGAAAUGGAAGGAGGGGGAUAGGGUUGGUGGAGCAUGGCACGGCGGGCACGACGGAGCCUGUCGGGCAUGCAACCGGGGAAUGUACCAGACAUGUGACAACGCAACGGUGAAUGGCAUCUUCAGAGACGGUGGAUAUGCAGAAUACACCACGAUCCGAUCUGAAGCAGCAGUACGCAUACCUGCCGACGUUUCUGCAGCGGACUAUGCGCCUCUGCUCUGUGCUGGCGUUACAGUGUUCAAUGGCAUCCGCAAAAUGGGGAUCACGCAAGGCGACAUCGUCGCCAUCCAGGGACUUGGGGGUCUUGGACACUUAGCAAUCCAGUACUCCAGAAAGAUGGGCUACCGCACAGUCGCGAUUUCAUCAAGCGACAGCAAAAAGCAGUUUGCGAAGGAUCUCGGAGCGAAUGACUACAUCGACACGAGCAAGGAGGACGCCGCGGAAGCUCUGCAAAAGAUGGGUGGUGCGGGCCUCAUUGUAGUGACAGCUCCUAACCCCAAGAUCAUGGGGCCGAUGGCAAAGGGAUUGGCUUCUCUUGGAAAACUCUUGAUUCUUGCGCCAACUGGCGAGAUUCCUAUCGACACAGUCACUUUGAUCUCGAAGGGCGCUUCAGUCCAUGGCUGGCCUUCGGGUCACGCACUCGAUUGUGAAGAAGCCAUAGAGUUCGCGGACAACCAGGACGUGAAAUGCAUGGUGGAGAAGUUCCCAUUCGAUAAGGUGGAGGAAGCUGUCGAGCGUAUGAUGAGCGGGAAGGUUCGUUUCAGGAGCGUGCUUCUGAUGGAGUAG